AUGGAGAACUCAGAAGAAAAUCCAAAGAAGCAGCAGAAGGAUUUGUUUUACAAACAACAACAGCAACGUCUGCAAAAUAUCACUCUGAAAAACAACCUUUCAGCAGAUGAUUUGAUUCGCAAUAUUCUCGAAAAGGUGGACAGUGAUGCAAAAAUUAGCAAGCUUUGUGUGCCACAACAACGAAGUUCUCAGCAGUCAGCAACGACUGUCGCCAGUUCAACUUCAUCACCCCAGAUCAUUGAACUUCAUCACCAGAGCAAUUGUUUGCCUAUUCCACAAUGCUUUCUCAUGACCAAUGAGAUUCCGGCCAUUUACCAGCAAGUGUGGAACGCUGCCAAGCCUGAAAAUUCCUCCGGAGACAUUUGUGAUCGAGACAAGCUGUACCAGGUGCUGCUUCUCUCAAAUCUGCCCAGCCAUGUUCUGGCCCAACUGUGGGGUUUUGUCAAUCGCACAAUACCAGGUCAACUGACGAAACAAGAGCUCUUUCUAAUGCUCGCUCUAAUUGGCCUCAUUCAAGGAAAUAGCCCACAGCCAGUGGAUGAGCUGUAUAAAGUUACCUCUAUUCCCCUUCCACAGUUUCCUAAAUUACCGCACUCAGAGGAUAAUAAUCCAUUCAGAGGAAACACCCAAGUGAAGGCGUCUUCCACGUCGGCAAUAUCUUCCCAUGAAAUCACACUAACUGAGCCUUCUAAUACUGAUGAGGACUUUGCCGACUUUAAAUCGGCCGAUUUCGUUACCCCUGCAGACAAUAACGUUACCAAAUUAGGAGGUGACUUUAAAUUGGAGACUACUCCUGCAAAUCAUUUUGACAGGUCGGUGGUACCUGCUGCACACGAUGAAAAUGUUAAAGAAAAAGACACAUCACCCGACAGUAUUGAUGCAGUAUUUGAUGACUUCAAUCUAUCUAAUGGCAGUGAAGGUCCGUCAAGUGAAGUAAAUAACCUGUCACUAGUUGACGAAGUAAACAGCCUGAACGAAGCUUCACCAUCCUCCAACAACCUCCCACCGUUGCCAUCAUCAUCUGACACCAGCAUUUGUGUUCCAGCGUCUGAAGCCGAUAAACCCGUUAAAGACUCCGAGAGCGACCGUUAUCGCUCUCUACGGGCUCUAACCACAAACACUCAAAGCAACGAGUCGGACGACUUUGGUGACUUCUUUUCUCAUUCAGCAAAGGACUGUGAUACUCAAACGCAAGAAGAAGUUGCCAGUAGUUUAGCGCCUAAAGAGAAGAUUGAAACUGUACCAGCCAUUUCUAAUAAGCGCAAAAUACUGACGGCUAUAUGCAAAGUAAUGCAAAAGACUUUCAAUAUUCUCCUGAUCAACCACGACGAAGAGUCAGUUUUGGAGGCAUUAGCCUCAAAAGAUGGCGUCAACUUUGCGAAUGAUUUGAAGGAAGUUUUUGCCAUUGCACAGCGCAUCAGUGGAAACCUGCAAGUGCUGAACAAUGCUUCGGAAAUCGAUAUGUGCAAUGCAGUAUUUGAAGAGACCUCCAACAAAUGGCAUAUGAUUCUCAAUUUAGUUGGCAAAUCUUCUCCCAAUGUAGGCAAUGAUUGUCGUAUGUCG